AUGGACGCAAACCAGAAACCUUCAUCGUCAUCCUCUCAGCUGGGCAUGUCAGAGUCAAGCUCGAGCGCGAAGGCACCCACUGGCAGCCGCCCUUCGAUGGGCAUCCGCAGGGAAACCUACGAUUCUCAGACAAGCGAUGUUGAGAAAACUCCAAGCCAAAUCAUCCAACGGCGCAAGGAAGAGCGAAUGCUAUUGCACAAGCUUGAUAUGCGCCUCAUACCUGCAAUAUUUGUCGUCUAUGUGAUGAACUAUAUCAAUCGCUCAGCGAUCACGGCUGCUCGGUUGAAGGGCUUUGAGCACGACCUACAUCUCUCAGAUAUUCAGUACAAUGCAGUCCUUUCAAUUUUAUUCGUGACUCUCUCCCUUGGGCAGCCGCUGUCAAAUAUGAUCCUCAAUAAAGUCAAGCGCCCGUCCAUCUACAUAGGCAGCUGUGUUGUUGCAUGGGGGCUGGCAAGUGCACUCUCCGGCGUCACCACAAGCUAUGGCGGGAUCUUGGCAUGUCGGCUUUUCAUUGGUCUUCCGGAAGGAUCUUUCUACCCUGGCGCUGUCUAUCUUCUCUCCUGCUGGUACACAAAGAAAGAGCUCGCCUUCAGGGCGGCCAUCCUAUUCUCCGGACUCGACCUCGCAAAUGCAUUUGGUGCUUUAGUUGCAGCUGGUAUCCUUUCUAGGAUGCAUGGAGUCUCGGGAAUUGAAGGCUGGAGAUGGUUGUUCAUCAUCGAGGGCUCUACAACCAUCCUGUUGGGGUUUUGCGUCAUGUGGUUGCUGCCCGACUAUCCUCGUCAUACGCGCUGGAUAAACGACCUUGAAAGUCGUCUGGCACAAGCGCGUCUGUCUGGAGAUGCAGGUGAGGCAGACCAAGACACUGGGGUUACAUCGCAUUUGGAAGGUUUCAAACUUGCCAUCGCCGAUCCAUUGACGUGGCUAUUCUCGUUGAUGCUUUUCACGCACUAUCUCGGUCGAAGUGUUGGCCAAUUCUUUCCAACUGUUGCGAAGACUCUCGGGUUUUCGACAACGAAGACCCUCCUCCUCACCGCUCCUCCCUGGCUUCUCGCAGCGGUUGUUUGUGUUCUAAGCGCAUGGCAUGCGGAUAGAACCGGCGAGCGUUUCUACCACAUUUCGAUCUGGACCUGGGCAAUGAUGGUGGGGUUUAUCAUCAGCCUCUGCACUAUGUCCGUCCCGGCACGCUAUUUCGCCAUGUUUCUCAUGGCGAUCGGGGAUGCUGGCUGUGCGAUGACGCUUGUUUGGAUGGCAAAUUCGAUUCCGCGGCCUCCAGCAAAGCGUGCUGCAGCCAUCGGAAUUACCAACGGCAUAGGAAAUAUCGGCACGCUUGUUGGAUCCUACGCCUGGAAGAACGUCUGGGGCCCGCGAUAUACCCAGUCCUGCUGCAUCUCCUUGGUUGCGCUUGCUCUGAGCACCCUAGCCGCCUUCGUUAUCAGGCAACGCCUCAUCCAGAUGAAUAGACAGCUUAUCUUGGCUGCCGAGGAACGGACGGUGCCCUUGGGUACGAACGAGGAUCGUGUGAAGAAGGCGGCGCAUUUGGAAGGGAUAACCGUGCGCCAAGCUCUACAAAACCGUCGAGAAUUCAGGUAUCUGUACUAA